AUGAUACAUGCUGCAUUAGGAAAUGAUUUAGGAGGAGAUUCAAACCAUAAAAUUGGUGAGUUUAGUGACGGUCAAGCCCCUGAGAAUGUCGAAGGUCUUCAUGCUAAUAUUUCUUCAAGUGAACAACAUCAUGAAAAUAAUUUUUGUGGUGUUGACGCCUCACGAUAUCAGAAAAUACUAGCAGAAUGUGAUAAAGAAUUGUAUCCUAAUUGCAAGUACUCACAACUAUACUUUAACUUGACCUUGAUUCACAUCAAAUGCAUGGGAGGACUUUCCAACAAGGGUUUCACUAUGUUGCUGGAGUUUUUGAAGGAUGUAUUUCCAUUUUUGACCUCCUUACCAACUUCUGUAUAUGAAGCUAAGAAAUUAUGUAAUGAUUUGGGACUUGCGUAUAUGAAGCUUUUUUACAAAAAAGGCCCUCCAACAACAAAUUGUAGUUCUCUACCGCCACCAUCUUCCACAUUCUCACAACCUCUUACUAUUGAUUCACAUCAUUCUCCAGAUUCUAUUUUCAACCACUUGCGUCCACCUUCAUUAAAUAGUAAUUACACACGGCUAAGCCCCCUUCGGCAUUCACCAUCCCACCUUCAUUCUUCCUCCGAGACAGAUGAUAGUGAAUCUAACAACAAUGAUGAUAAUUCACAUGUUCAAGUUUCUGAGAGUAAUGUACUUGAAAAUAUUGAGAUUGUAGAUGACAAAGGCCAUGUGAAACUGACAAGAAUGGGAAUGAAAGCUAGUGAUGUUUUCAAGUUGGCUAAAGGUUUGAGAAUUUUGGUAAAUGUUAAUGAACAUGGCCAACCAAUCCGGGCAGCUAGAAGAGUUCUAACAAGAUACAUGAUGAAACUUGUGAAACAACCAAAUCUUUGUCCGCCAGAUUUAAAUGAUUUUAAUGAUGUUAAACAUGCCUUUGGAGUUGAGCUGCUGAGAGCUGUGCGGGAGAAAUUCUAUAUCCCUAGACAUGAAAAUGUGGACAAUGUAUUAAUUGCUCUAAUGGGCAUAAAGUUCAGGAACAACAAGUAUCGGGUAAGAAAGGAGAUAUAUAAAAAGACACAUGCUAGAUUGAGGGAAAAGCUGAAAGCAGUUUUGGAAGCUAGUGGUGUUCAUGGUGAAGAAUUGGAACAUCGAGUGACAUUUCAUGAAUUUCGUGAAGACCAAAUUUUGGCAGAGCUUGAUAGGAUUGAUCCUCCACCUGGAUUUGCUUAUCAUCAAUGGCUUAAAUUCAAGAGUAAUAUGAAAUCUGAAAAGGCAAAGAAACUGUCUGAGAAAGGGAAAAAAGCUCGUGCGACCCAAAGUCAUACUCAUAUAACUGGAACCAAGAGUUAUGCUCAAGUUGAAGAUGAGCAUGUCAUUAAAUAUAAAGAACAUCCAGGGCCACUUACAUUUUUUGACUUGACACAUAAAAGGAGAGAUGGUUCUUAUGUGCAGAGUGAUUCAAAAGAAUUCAUGAUGGCUGCCAAAUCAGAGAUUGUUAAACGUAAAACUGAAGGAACUUGUGAAAAUACUGUUGAAUUAGAAAGUUCAGUUUGGUAUGAUUUGAUGGGUGAUGAUAAACCUGGUCGAGCUCGUGGUUAUGGUAUUGGUGUCACGAAAUCAAGUGUGACCGCCUUCCGAGCCAAACUUAGACAAAUGCAAAGUGAAUCAGAAAAAUCCAAUGCUCAUGACAUUGAAAUGGCCCAGCUCAAGCUAUUACUUAGCAAGCAACAACAACAACUUGUUGCACAAGAAAAUGCAAUGAAUUCAUACAUGGCAAAGACAAAUGAAAUUAUAGGCAAUUUGAGAGAUGAAGUUCUACUUUAUCGUACAACAUUUGGAGCUGGUACAGGGGACGUACCCAACCAUCUGAAAACGAGCUCAGGUUGCACCCAAGCAUUGGAGGCUGGAGAUCAAUUUCAGCCAGGAUGCAGUGUUGAUGCUUUCAUGUUCGCUAUUAUUUUCACCACGCCGCAAGUGUACGGUGUAGUUGCAAUAUAAGGGAAGCAAGGUCGUAUUCCACAAGGAUUGGUGAAUUUAAACUUCUAAAUAUUAUUAAUAAGUUGUUUUCAAUCUAUUUAGACAACCAAAGUUCAAGAGGUAUUGAUAACUAAAACAAAACUAAAUAAAGCAAGAAAAGUAAAUAACAAUAACAUAAACUUAGUGAAUAAAUUGGGGAAUGACUUGAAUGAAAGUUAUCCUAGGGACUAGAUUUCGAUAGAUCGUAAUGAACUUCAAUCUAAAUCAAUUUAAAUCUUGAUAUGGCCUACUUAUCUAGGGCGAUCUCCCCACUAGUUUUAGCCCCCUCCCGGACGACUAAAACAGUAGAUUACGGGUCAUAAUUGCCGUCCCCGGUCAAUUUCUAACCUAUAACUCCCAAGAGCACAAAGGAUCAACAAGCCCUCACCCAACUCUCAACCUCCCGGUUUAUUGAGAUGAUAUGUAUCAAACUCCUAAUCUAUUGUAAUUAUCCUCUCCCGAUUCAAAUCACAAAUUAGAAAUGCACAAAAGGUGGCCAACCAAUCAUACAAGAGAUAAAUCUAGGACUUGAAAAGAUAACAAUAAGCACAAUCAAGAUAUAUAUUGAACAAAGAAAUC